CAUUCAAAGCCGCUGGACUGCACGGCCACUGCGGAGACUCGCCAACCCGCCCCAGCGCCGUGCCUGUCAGCCAGGGGUCCGCAGCCACCGCUCAGUGUCUUCGCAGAGACGAUGCCGCGGUUGGUGGCGCGCGGGCCUCCGGGGUUCCUGGCUUAUCUCAUGGGUGGCACCUGGUGCCUCCUCUGCGUUGCGGGACAGGUAUGUGGAGACCAAAGCCAAGGGGCUGUUUUCCUGAGGGAAUUCACGCUGAUUCGAAGAGAGAGCCUUCAUGAUGAUUUCCUGUCUGACUUCUUAAAUGGUCACAAAACUGAAGACCCGAGUUCCAGGACUGCACGCUCAGAAGAGGACCGUGAAGGCCUCUGGGAUGCUUGGGGCCCUUGGAGCGAGUGCUCCCGCACCUGUGGUGGGGGUGCCUCCUACUCCCUGAGACGUUGCCUGAGUAGCAAGAGCUGUGAAGGAAGAAAUAUUCGGUAUAGAACAUGCAGUAAUGUGGACUGUCCACCAGAAGCAGGUGAUUUUCGAGCUCAGCAGUGUUCUGCUCAUAACGAUGUCAAGUACCAUGGCCAGUUUUAUGAAUGGCUUCCUGUGUCUAAUGACCCUGACAACCCAUGUUCACUCAAGUGUCAAGCCAAAGGAACCAGCCUGAUCGUUGAACUAGCACCAAAGGUCUUAGAUGGCACCCGUUGCUAUACAGAAUCACUGGAUAUGUGCAUCAGCGGCUUAUGCCAAAUUGUUGGCUGUGAUCACCAGCUGGGAAGCACCGUCAAGGAGGAUAACUGUGGGGUCUGCAACGGAGAUGGGUCCACCUGCCGGCUGGUCCGAGGGCAGUAUAAAUCCCAGCUCUCUGCAACUAAAUUGGAUGACACCGUGGUUGCCAUUCCUUAUGGAAGCAGACACAUCCGCCUUGUUUUAAAGGGGCCAGAUCAUUUGUACCUGGAAACCAAGACACUCCAGGGGACUAAAGGUGAAAACAGUCUGAGCUCUACUGGCACUUUCCUCGUGGACAAUUCUACAGUGGACUUCCAGAAACUUCCAGACAAAGAGAUACUGAGGAUGGCUGGGCCACUGACAGCAGAUUUCAUCAUCAAGAUCCACGACUCAGGGCCUGCAGACAGCACGGUCCAGUUCAUCUUCUACCAGCCUAUCAUCCACCGAUGGAGGGAAACAGACUUCUUUCCAUGCUCGGCAACCUGUGGAGGAGGUUACCAGUUGACAUCAGCUGAGUGCUAUGAUCUCCGGAGUAACCGUGUGGUCGCUGACCAAUACUGCCACUAUUACCCAGAGAACAUCAAGCCCAAACCCAAGCUUCAGGAAUGCAACUUGGAUCCCUGUCCAGCCAGUGACGGAUACAAGCAGAUCAUGCCUUAUGACCUCUACCAUCCCCUUCCUCGGUGGGAGGCCACCCCAUGGACCGCGUGCUCCUCCUCGUGUGGGGGGGGCAUCCAGAGCCGGGCAGUUUCCUGUGUGGAGGAGGACAUCCAGGGGCAUGUCACUUCAGUGGAAGAGUGGAAAUGCAUGUACACCCCUAAGAUGCCCAUCGUGCAGCCCUGCAACAUUUUUGACUGCCCUAAAUGGCUGGCACAGGAGUGGUCUCCGUGCACAGUGACAUGUGGCCAGGGCCUCCGGUACCGCGUGGUCCUCUGCAUUGACCACCGAGGAAUGCAUACAGGAGGCUGCAGUGCGAAAACAAAGCCCCACAUAAAAGAAGAAUGCAUCAUACCCACGCCCUGCUACAAGCCCAGAGAGAAACUCCCGGUGGAAGCCAAGCUGCCAUGGUUCAAGCAAGCCCAGGAGCUAGAGGAAGGAGCUGCUGUGUCUGAAGAGCCCUCGUUCAUUCCAGAAGCUUGGUCGGCCUGCACUGUCACCUGUGGUGUGGGAACCCAAGUGCGAAUAGUAAGAUGCCAGGUGCUCCUGUCUUUCUCUCAGUCCGUGGCUGACCUGCCUGUGGAUGAAUGUGAAGGGCCCAAGCCAGCAUCGCAGCGCGCCUGUUACGCGGGACCGUGCAACGGGGAAAUUCCGGAGUUUAACCCAGAUAACGCAGACGGACUGUUGGGUGACUUGCAGGACCUGGAUGAGCUGUAUGACUGGGAAUAUGAGGGCUUCACCAAGUGCUCUGAGUCCUGUGGAGGAGGUGUCCAGGAGGCUGUGGUGAGCUGCCUGAACAAACAGACCCGGGAGCUUGCUGAUGAGAACCUGUGCGUGACCAGUCGGCGGCCCCCACAGCUCCUGAAAUCCUGCAAUUUGGAUCCCUGCCCAGCAAGGUGGGAAAUUGGAAAGUGGAGCCCGUGUAGCCUCACCUGUGGGGUUGGCCUGCAGACCAGGGAUGUUGUCUGCUCCCACCUACUUUCGAGAGAGAUGAACGAGGUGGUUGUCCUGGCUGAUGAGCUGUGUCAUCACCCCAAACCAAACACAGUGCAAGCCUGCAACCGCUUCAAUUGCCCCCCAGCCUGGUACCCUGCACAGUGGCAGCUGUGUUCCAGGACCUGUGGGGGAGGAGUUCAGAAGCGUGAUGUUCUCUGCAAACAGCGUAUGGCUGAUGGCAGCUUCCUGGAGCUUCCGGAGACCUUUUGUUCAGCCUCCAAACCAACCUCCCAGCAAGUGUGCAAGAAAGAUGACUGCCCCAGUGAGUGGCUUCUCUCUGACUGGUCAGAGUGCUCUGUGAGCUGUGGGGAGGGCACCCAAACUCGAAGUGCCAUUUGCCGGAGGGUGCUGAAAACCGGGGUCUCCACUGCUGUCAAUUCCACACUGUGCCCUCCCCUCCCCUUCUCUUCCUCCAUCAGACCCUGCAUGCUGGCUACCUGUGCAAGGCCUGGAAGGCCUUCCACGAAGCACAGCCCUCAUAUCGCAGCUGCACGAAAUAUAUACAUCCAGACCCGCAGGCAGAGGAAGCUGCACUUUGUCGUGGGGGGAUUCGCUUAUCUGCUUCCCAAGACUACUGUGGUGCUCCGUUGUCCUACACGCAGAUUCCGCAAGCCCCUCAUCACCUGGGAGAAGGACGGCCAGCACAGCAUCAGCUCCUCUCACGUCACCGUGGCCCCCUUUGGCUACCUGAAAAUCCAUCGUCUCAAGCCCUCAGAUGCUGGCAUCUACACCUGUUCUGCCGGGCCAGCCCAGGAGCAGUUUGUAAUUAAGCUCAUUGGAGGCAACCGUAAGCUCGCGGCCAGGCCCCUGAGCCUCUGGAGCGAGGAGGAGGAGGCCCUGCAGGUGAGGAAGGCCAAUCCAAAGGAGGCCUUGCAAAGCCACAAACACCAAAAUGGCAUCUUCUCCAACGGUAGCAAGGCUGAGAAGCGCGGCCUCACUGCAGACCCUGGGAAUCGCUAUGAUGACAUUGUGUCUCGGCUGCUGGAGCAGGGCGGCUGGCCAGGAGAGCUCCUGGCCUCGUGGGAGGUGCAGGACUCCGCAGAAAGAAAUGCAUCCUCCGAGGAGGAUCCCAGUGCUGAGCAGGCCCUCUUGCAUCUCCCCUUCACCAUGGUGGCUGAGCAGAAGCGCCUGGAUGACAUCCUCAGGAACCUGUCCCAGCAGCCCGAGGAGCUUCGCGACCUCUACAGCAAGCACCUGGUGGCCCAGCUGGCCCAGGACAUCUUCCGCAGCCACCUGGAGAAUCAAGACAUGCUUCACAAGCCCUCUGAGCAGAGGUUUCCUCCCGUGGCCAUCCCACCUCAUAAACAUGUCUCUAGCUUCAGCAGCUCGCUAAGGAGCUCAUCUGGGGAGGCUGGGGGCGGCUCCCGCAGGCCUCACCGCAAGCCCACCAUCUUGCGAAAGAUCUCAGCGGCACAGCAGCUCUCAGCCUCCGAGGUGGUCACCCACCUGGGGCAGACUGUGGCUUUAGCCAGCGGGACUCUGAGUGUGCUUCUACACUGUGAAGCCGUGGGCAACCCAAGGCCUGCCAUCCACUGGACCAGGAACGGAGAAGCGGUUCAGUUCAGUGACAGGAUUCUUCUACAGCCAGAUGAUUCCUUACAGAUCUUGGCACCAGUGGAAGCUGAUGUGGGUUUCUAUACUUGCAAUGCCACAAAUGCCUUGGGAUAUGACUCUGUCUCCAUUGCUGUCACAUUAGCAGGAAAGCCACUAGUGAAAACUUCUCGAGUGACAGUGCUCAACACAGAGAAGCCUGCAGUCACAAUGGACAUCGGCGGCACCAUCGGAACAGUUCGAGGAGUGAACGUGACAAUUAACUGCCAAGUGGCAGGUGUGCCUGAAGCCGAAGUCACUUGGUUCAGAAAUAAAAGCAAAUUGGGCUCCUCCCACCAUCUGCACGAGGGUUCCUUGCUGCUCAUAAAUGUAUCCUUCUCUGAUCAAGGCCUAUAUUCCUGCCGGGCAGCCAAUCUUCACGGAGAACAGACAGAGGGGACACAACUCCUGAUUCUAGAUCCCCCACAAGUCCCCACACAGUUGGAAGACAUCAGGGCCUUGCUCUUAGCCACUGGACCGAACCUUCCUUCAGUGCUGAUGUCUCCUCUGGGAACACAGCUGGUCCUGGAUCCUGGGAAUUCCGCUCUCCUUGGCUGUCCCAUCAAAGGUCACCCCACCCCCAAUAUCACCUGGUUCCAAAAUGGCCAGCCGAUUGCCGCUACCCCAGGGCUCACCUACCACAUCUGGGAAGCUGGACAGAUCCUCCAGGUUGCAAAUCUCAGUGGAGGACCUCAAGGGGAGUUCAGCUGCCUGGCUCAGAAUGAAGCAGGAACCCUCGUACAGAAAGCAUCUUUGGUGAUCCAAGAUUACUGGUGGUCCGUGGACAGACUCUCCACCUGCUCAGCGUCUUGUGGUAAUAGAGGGGUUCAUCAGCCCCGCCUCAAGUGUUUGCUGAACAACACGGAGGUUAACCCUGAGCACUGUGCUGGAAAACCCCGGCCCGCCGUGCAGCCCGUGGCCUGCAACCGGAGAGACUGUCCUUCUCGGUGGAUGGUGACUUCCUGGUCUGCCUGUACCCGGAGCUGCGGUGGAGGUGUCCAGACCCGCCGGGUGACCUGUCAGAAGUUGAAAGCCUCUGGGAUUUCUACCCCAGUGUCCAAUGACAUGUGCACCCAACUGGCCAAACGGCCUGUGGACACUCAGGCUUGUAACCAGCAACUGUGUGUGGAGUGGGCUUUCUCCAGCUGGGGCCAGUGCAAUGGACCUUGCAUCGGCCCUCGCCUUGCUGUGCAACACAGACAAGUCUUUUGCCAGACCAGGGAUGGCAUCGCCUUACCAUCAGAGCAGUGCAGCGCUCUCCCCAGGCCUGUGAGCACCCAAAACUGCUGGUCAGAGGCCUGCAGUGUACACUGGAGGGUCAGUCUAUGGACCCUGUGUACGGCGACCUGUGGCAACUAUGGCUUCCAGUCCCGGCGGGUGGAAUGUGUCCACGCCCGUACCAACAAGGCUGUGCCUGAGCACCUGUGUUCCUGGGGGCCCCGGCCUGCCAACUGGCAACGCUGCAACAUCACUCCAUGUGAAAACAGUACGUUCCAAUCCCAAAGAACAUUCUGCAAAUUCCCCACGGGUCAUCGGGUACAGAGGGCAGUCCCUGGGACUGAGCCUGAACACAGGGCCAUGGAUCAAGUCCCCUAAGGAUUGUGAGCUGGGGCCAGAAUUGAACAUUUUAAAUGGGGUACAUGGGUGUGUGCAAGGAUGUGUGUGCAGUGUUCAGGCCACAAAAGAUGCCAGGAUGUAUCCCAGGGGCUUCCACUGUCUUCAUCAUGAGCUCAGAGAGAGCCAAGGGCUGGAUAAAAUUGGCCUCCAACUCACCGGCAGUCAACCCGGCUGGUGCCCACAGGGGAAGACUAAAUAUGGUUCCCAGGGACCAGGCUACUAAAGCCAGAACACUGUUAGCACUGAAGAAGCACGCAGAAUGUCUGCCACUCAGCCAGCUCUACACCCACAUUGUUCGGCUUCACACCAAACAAGGACCUGCUGACCCCCCUCCCUCCCAGCCCGUGAGCAUCCACUGGAAUGGAACUGGAGACCGUGGGUUCUGACAGCCAUUCCAUUCCCUCCACCCUUGGGUCUGGAGCCCCUCAGCCCCAUACCAGUAUUUGUAUUCUAAUCAGGUAGGGAUCUAGUCUCUCCUCCUUAGAGCCCCAAGCCCAAACUGGAGCUAUUUCCUCACAAAAGGUGAUGAUAAAUCUUUGCAAAGAAUAGACAAUAAAAAAUAAGUGUAAGAGUCCAAUACCCCCCCUCAAUGAACACCAGUGAGCAAUCAGGUCCCCACACUGAGGCAGAUGGCCCCUCCCUUUCAGCCUACUGGGAGCUGUAUGAACCUUUCUCUGUGGUGAAGUGCUGGUGUCCCUGUCUGACGGUUGCCAUAUUCAGAAAAGUACCGGUAUGCGGUGCAAGGAGUUUUAAAAAGCUUACCAGAACCAGGCCACACCAGUUUUUAAGAACUGCAAUGUCCGGAAGGCCAGACAAGCUGAAGAACAAGAGGCCUGGGUAGAGAAAAGAAAGCUGAGUAGGGGAGGUGGGGUCCAAGCACCUGAGGAUGUGAACCUUCAGCCAGGUCCUCGCCUGUAUGCUCUCUCACAAGGAACAGAACUCUGUCCCCUGGGAAGCAUCUCUCGCUAAAAUGCCAAAAACCACAUGGGGAAAACAGCGAGCAAGGAUGUGAGGUUAUCCCAAGCGGAGGGGGUUAAAACUGCCGUUCUGUAGUAGAAGAGGCUAUCAGGAGCAAAGGCAGCCCUGAGAUCGGCCCCAUCCAUCCACCAGACAGCUGCAGGCUGGUGGGGAAGGGGGCGUGGCUGAGCUCUGCCCAAGGGAAGGCUGUCCAAAGGAGCUGCAGAACCACGAGCAGGGUAGACCCCGCCGGCAUCUUGCCAGGCAGCUAGGCUGCUCAGCAGCAGCUGCAUCCAUGAGCCUCGGUCUCACAUCUCCUCUCUAUCCCCCUCCUCCCCUCCCCCUGCUUUCCCAGCUGAGUGCAGAGACACCACCAGGUACUGCGAGAAGGUGAGACAGUUGAAACUCUGCCAGCUGGGCCAGUUCCGAUCUCGCUGCUGCGGAACAUGCGGCAAAGCAUGAAGACAGAGCACAGGGAUGAACUCUACCCUGGCCACACAAAGGACUCAUGCAGCCACCUUGGACUUGACUUAUGCUUUCUUCCUUUUAUUUAUUUAUUUGCCCCUCCCCACACACCCGUGUCCACCUGCACCCACGCUCCUAAGGACCUUGGCAUGUUUUCCUAUUCAGUUAGCUGGAACAAGCGUUGAGAACAGAAAGAGAGAUGUCUACAGGAGGUGGCAGAGCAGGCCAGGCAGACAGCAGCUCCUUUGUAGAGCUGGCUCCUUCCCAAUCAGGGUCUCAGAGACACAGGAAGAGAAAGCCAUAGUGCAUAGGGACAGCAAGGAACUGGGGUUUAUAACACAUAGGUACAGGCACAGGCCAGCCAGGAGUGUCAUUCUUUUGUUUUCCUGGGUGGUGUGACGAUAAGAACAAGGGAAACACCAUGCUAGAGGAGAAACCAGGCCAGAAUCCAGUUCUUCUGGGGUGUGUGUUGGCGGGUGGGGGAGGGACCAAGAAAGCAGACCAGCAGAAGGGGCAGACAGCAUACAGUUAUGCAAGAGACAGAGGAAGGGAAGAGGUAGGAGAAGAGAGCUUGUGCAUGCUCCUUAGUGGGAGGAGCUAGCAGGCAGGACAGAUUUUCCAGCAGCCACGUGAAACCCAUCUGACAGGCCUGUGCCUUGGCACGUGCGCUGUUCCGUAGGUAGGCAGAGGUGGGAAGGGUAUUCAGCAUCUUCUCAGGGUACCCGUGCUGGGUGAUAGAAGGUGUGCCCUUCCUGUGGUUAUGGGAGUGUGCCUUUACUCCCUACUCUACCAAGGAACCUUUGUGUCUGGAGCUGUGGAAAACCCAACAAGGGGUGUCGGGGUCUAGCUGUGUAGUAAGGCUGUGCCCCAGCAUCUCCAUAUUUUAAAUCAAGGGUCGCUGGCCCUGAACUAACUGCUGCUGUGGGCCCCUGGCAUCUGAGCACGAGCGCUCCAGGUUUUCCACCUGAAUGACUCUGCGGCUCCAUGUCAGGUCGGGGACUAGAAUCACUGCUCACAAAGGAGUCAUUAGGCAAUCUGUUGGCUGGCAAACAUCUUCCCACCGGAGUUGGUCAGGGAACAGGGUAGGACAGAGGGGCUAUGCAUGUCCACAAUGUGCUUUAUUUAUCCAGGCCAUCACACACUGGGCCUGCGGGCCCUCCCUAUACCACAGAAGAGCUGCCGUGUGUCCACAGCAGGCCGAGGGGGGGUUGGGGGGAUGGGAUGCUAUGGCAAAACAAGAAGCUAGCUAAAGGCUCACAGCACGGUCCUCCAAAGCUUUUCAGUCAUCCUCCCGACGCAACUACUAUACACAAAUACUAUCCACCUGUGCAAUUAGCACACCAGACUGGGCGAAUGGGCGAACGGACCACUCAGCAGGCCAAGCAGCACACACGAGCCAGCAACACACAUCAGCUGUGGAGACGGCUAAAACACAAGCCCUCGACAAAUCCUCACUCCUCAGAGAAGCAUCAACGCUGAGAUUUGCUUCCUUCCCUGAGCAGCCUUAGUUUAGCAGAGCAGGCAGCCAGAGCCCAGGACCGCUCAGAUAAGCCACCUCUCACAUACACACUCACCAAAUGCUCCCACCCCAGGGCCACCGCUGACAUCAAGGCUGCAUUUCCCAGCCGUCCUGGAAGUUAAGUGUGGCAGAUGGUGUUAAUCUGUGUCUUCUCUAGGUGUGCUAUGGACAAGUAGGGUGGGCCUCUUCCUCAUUACAAAAAUAGGCUCUAAGAAAUUGUGUUUCUAAAAAUCAGUGUAAUGUUUAUUUAAAAUAAAAAGAGAGUGUUUCUAUGUAUAUCUUUUGUGAAUAUUUAUUAGGAUUUCUUGUAUAAAAAGUGCAAUAUUAGUAAUUGUUCAUUGUCAUUCAGAAAAACAAAAACUCUUUGGGGGAUUUUUAUUAAUGUCCUGCAGCUGUGUUCCUAAAAACUCUGUGGUGAUAAUUGUAUUCUUCCUAAUUUUAAAAGAAACAAAACUGGUGUUUAAUUCUGAUCCAUUUUUCCCUGUGUACACAGAGUACAUUAUAAAAAGCUAGUGCGGGAUGGGGGACAAUAAAGUCGGGUUGCUUGUGACACCAGUUACAAUUGGAACAAACACCAAUCCUGUAGCACUAAUACGGUUGAUCAGUUCAGUAGCUAUUAAAAACUGGUGGUCAGUGUUUGAAUUUCCUAAAGGGCAGGCGUCUUCCAGCUCUGCCACACGUCAGAAUGUGAGGUUGGAAGUGCCUUCCCAAACACGUUGGAGAGCUUGGGUCUGAAGCGGAAAGCAGAGUGCCUCCUUGCGUGAGAUGAACGUACAUUUAAUAUUUGUUCUGUGAAUCGUGACCCAGCAGUGCCACAAAUUAUCGGGGCUGCUGGAUAAAUGUGGAAGGGAGGCCCUUCCUCCUCUAAAACUCGAGACUGUAUUUAUAUUUUUUGUACAGAUAAUACAGCUUAUUUAUUUAAA